GUUGAAUAUCACACUUUUAAACUAAUUUAUGAACAAUAUUGAACCAUUUGUGCUUUAAUGUUAUGUUGCAGCACAAUGGUGAAGUUGGAUGUGUCAUGCUGGGACCUUCAUGUACUUAUGCCACCUACCAAUUAGUGGAUGAAGCAAUCGGCUUGACCCUGAGCAUCCCCAUCAUCUCUGCUGGGAGCUUCGGCCUCUCAUGUGACUACAAGCCCAAACUCACUCGGAUUUUGCCUCCAGCUCGAAAAAUCAUUGAUUUACUCCUAAACUUUAGGAAUGAAGAGCUGGAAUUUAAGCCUAUCUGGAAAAAAUUCUUCGUGUACAAAAAGGAGAGCAAUUCAGCUGAAGACUGCUUCUGGUACAUCAAUGCACUGGAAGCACCGUCUUCAAGAUUUGCCUCACAAGCAGACAGGAGGAUGCUGCGGAGUCAAAAAGAGCUGGAGAUGGCCUUGACGUCUUCAAACCAGCACAGCAAUAUUUUUAUUUUAUGUGGCGGCCCAAAUGACAUUCUUUCAAUAAAAAAGAAUUUGACCCAUAUUCACCCAGACACCUUGUUCAUUCUUCUUGAUGUUUUCAACCCUGUGUAUUAUGUCAAUGACACGUCCCCUGACGGGAUGCAAGAUGUCCUCAUUGUCACUCUGCCACGAAGAAACUAUGCCUAUGUAUCAAACACAUCAUUCAACAACACGAUAAAUGACUAUGUGGCUGGAUAUCAUGAUGGAGCUCUGCUCUUUGGGAAAGUGCUCAGAGAAAGGAUGCUCGGCCAUGAAACCGACAAGGACUCUGAAGACGGGUCAUUGAAUUAUAACCCAUUUGGAAAUGUUACUUUUGAGGGUAUGGGAGGACACUAUGUGCUUGAUGAGUAUGGAGACAGAGAUGCAAACUUCUCUUUCAUUUACACAUCAGUCCUCACCGGGAAGUAUGAAACGCUGCUAGUGUUUGAUACAUCACAGAACAAAACCAUCGAAAAGCACCCAAACCCUGCUCUGGGUUGGAAAGGCAAACUUCCAUAUGAUGAACCUGAUAAUUCAGAAGGCUUGGAUAGGGAGGACGUUAUUGUGAUCGUUUUGGGUGUCAUUGUUGUGGUGGUGACAGCCAUCGCUCUCAUCUUCUACAGGCAGAACAGGAAGGAGCGUCUAAUGCAGAAGAAGUGGUCCCACAUCAAUCCACACCAGAUUGGUCCUCUUGAUGAGAAGGAGGUCUCUCUGAAGAUUGAUGAAGAUAAGCGGAAGGACAGCACAUACUUCAGACAGCGAGGCUGCUAUGACAAGAAGCCUGUAAUCCUGAAAGAGAUGAAACAGGCAGAUGGAGAUUUCACACCGGAACAAAAAAUUGAACUCAACACUCUGUUGCGGAUCGAUUACUACAACCUAACCAAGUUUUACGGCACUGUGAAGUUUGAGUACGGUGUCUUUGGGGUGUUUGAGCUCUGCCAGAGGGGGUCCCUCAGGCACAUUCUCAGUGACCGGAUAUCCUACCCAGAUGAAACCUUCAUGGACAUGGAGUUUAAGAUAUCAGUCAUGUAUGACAUUGCAAAGGGCAUGUCGUACCUUCACUCGAGUAAUAUUGGAGUCCACGGUCGCCUCAAAUCCACCAACUGUGUGGUCGAUAACCGCAUGGUUGUCAAGAUCACCGACUUUGGCUGCCACACCAUUCUGAUGCCAGGCAGAGAUUUGUGGACAGCUCCAGAGCAUCUCCGUAAAGACGGCGUGACACAGAAAGGCGAUGUUUACAGCUACGGCAUCAUCGCACAUGAGAUCAUUCUGAGGAAAACCCCAUUUUAUACCCAGUGCUGCUCUAACUCUGCAGAGAAAAUUCACAGAGUCCAGCAUCCCAUAGGCAACCACCUUUUCAGACCUGACCUCUACUUUGAAGGUGUAUCAGAGAGAGAAAUUGAGCUUUACAUGCUGAUAAAGAACUGCUGGGAUGAAGACCCUGAACGAAGGCCAGAUUUCAAGAAGAUAGAGUUAACACUGGGAAAGAUUUUCAGCAACUUGCACAACCAAGCCACCGAGACAUACAUGGACAACCUAAUUCGUCGUCUGCAGAUGUACUCCAGGACUUUGGAGUGUUUAGUUGAGGAGAGAACGGCUCUGUACAAAGCUGAGAGAGAUAGAGCAGAUCGCCUGAACUUCAUGCUGCUGCCUGGUUCUGUGGUGCGCUCUCUAAAGGAGACGGGCAGAGUGGAGCCGGAGCUGUUCGAGGAGGUGACCAUCUACUUCAGCGACAUUGUGGGAUUCACCACCCUCUGCCACUACAGCACCCCCAUGGAGGUGGUAGACAUGCUGAAUGAAAUCUACAAGAACUUUGAUAGCAUUUUGGAUCACCAUGAUGUCUACAAGGUUGAGACCAUAGGAGAUGCCUACAUGGUUGCAUCAGGGUUACCCAAGCGAAAUGGCAACAGGCAUGCGGUGGAUAUCGCCCAUAUGGCCCUAGACAUACUGUCAUUUGUGGGAACUUUUAAGCUUCAGCACCUGCCAGGGAUUCCUCUGUGGAUCCGUAUUGGAAUGCAUUCAGGUCCCUGUGCAGCAGGAGUGGUUGGAAACAAGAUGCCUCACUACUGUCUUUUUGGGGACACGGUGAACACGGCUUCUCGCAUGGAGUCUACAGGCCUGCCUCUGAGGAUUCAUGUGAGCCAGCCCACAAUCAAAAUUCUGCAAAGGACAGACUGCAAGUUUGAGUUUGAAAAAAGAGGAGAGACAUACCUAAAGGGUAAAGGCAAGGAGAUGACCUACUGGUUAACAGGCAUAACAGGAAGAAAAUACAACCUGCCCACACCGCCAACAGCUGAGAACUUCCAGCGGCUCCAGCAGGACUUGGCAGACAUGAUUGUAUCCAGUCUAGAGAAGCACCGAGCUGGAAAAGAGGGCUUCGAAAAGAGGAAGACCUUGUCCACUAGAAUCCGUUGGAGAGACACCAACGGCAACCUGCAGAAGGAGAGCUCACCAGAGUACUUUCACCUGGCCGUCACCGACAGUCCCAGCACCUUCCUGUGAUAGCAUCACAGAGGAACUUUCUGUUAAAGACUAUAGGCACAGUGUUUGAGAGUAAGCAUCUGUUCAGUCAGUAUGACGGUAAAGACGCAGGAGGCAAGUUAAAGGUUAAAUGAUCUAUUUAUGAUACCAGUGCUCUCUCCCCAGGUCACAGUCCUCCAUAGUUUGUUUCGGCUAUAAGAGUAGCAGGUUCUCAUGCUUGUUCUUGUAAGCUCUUCCAAACUGGGGGAAAUGUUUCAGUCCACAGAUUCAUUUGUCAAAUUGAUUUGUUUGUCUUUAUUUUUUGUGGCUCUUGUGUCAAUGCUUUGCAUGUGAUUCAUGUUAUAAUUAAGCACUUUAGCUUGGGCUUCAUGUAAUCAAAAACUAAAGUAAUUUUUUUUGCAAAAACAACUGGCCCCAGACACAAGUGAAAAUACAGAAUGUUGUUUUUAUUUACUUUUAAUAUGUGUUCUUUAUUUUUGUUGCCUGCAGGGCGCUCAUUCAUUGCAAAGUAUGAUACAUUAUUUACCGUGUAAAUAAGCUUUAUUAGCUGCGAAAAACAGUGGACCUAUAUUCACAUGCUAAUUCAGUACCUUUACUUACAGUAGGCAUUGUUCCAGUCAGACUCGUCAUCGCCAUGAAUGAAUGAAUUUUUGUAGCCGUCACAAAGCUUCUGGCAAUAUUCUUGCUGGAUAUUUGACCACUCCUAAUGGCAGAAUUUGCAGAUUACAUUUAAACUGGUUGGGUUUUGGCACUGACCCGGCUUUUGAGCAAACUCACAGUUUUUGUGUGUUUGGGAUCAUUGUCUCAUCUGUGUCCACAUUUCAGUGGUCUAGCUGUUGACUUGACAUGAAUGUGAUGAUCCUACAUCUUUAUUAUUACAUGGAGUUUGUGCAAUUCAAAUCAGUCCCACAACAUAAUGUUGCCACCACCUUGCUUGACAGUAGGUACAGUGUUUCAAAGUAUUACUUUGAUUCCCCCACAUAUAUUUCUUGUCAUGGAGAUCAAACAGCUCAAUUUCUGUCUCAUCUGACCAUAAAACGUUUCUCCUUCAGGCGUUUGGUUUGCCAAGUGGGCAGCUGCAAACAUUAAAGUUUUGGUUGUCAUCCUCUCAGACUCUACUGAUGUUAAACUUGCUUCUCAGUGGAUAGGGACACUUGUGUUCCAGGAGUUUCCAGCUCAUGGCAGGUUCCAAGGUUGCUGGGUUGUUUCUGAUUGUUCUGACCAAUUUCCUUUCAUCUGACGGCAACAGUUUGUGUCCGACAGUUGAAACUUGGACACAAGGGGAUGUUCCAACAAGACAACGAUCCCACACACAUAUCCAAACUGGCUUUAAAAGCUCAAAACAGGCUGACAUUGAGCUUAUGGAACAUUAACCAUAUACAAUAUUUCUGAUCUAGCCUUAAAAACUGGGUCAGUUCAAGCAAAACACACCAAAUAAAAAAUGAACUCUAUCAAUUCUGCCAAAUAGAAUGGUGGAAUAUUCUGCCUGUAUUAUGCUAGGAGCCUUUUGAUGACUAGGGACACUUAUCCAAAUAUUAGUGAGGGUCUGUGUAUAUUUGAGCCUGUAUGUAUAAUUCUGAGAAUGUGUGGAUUAGAGAAAAUUCACACAACAUAUUAUAUUCAAGCUAUUUCUUCUGUUUAAAAUGAUUAAAGAGGGAUGCAUCCAUUGCAUCUUUGAAAGUAUCAUUGAACACCCAAAAUCAAAAUGACAUCCAUUGGGAGGGUUUUUUAAAUGUUUAAAAUCUCUACAAUAUAUUUGCGUUGAAUUUUAUUUUGUGGUUUAUUAAAUAAAGGUUUUUCAAUGUGGCACAAAA